AUGACUGACUUGACAUUUGAUACGGCGUCAGUCACAGUGUCUCGGCAGCCUAUGAGCAGCAGUGCGAAUAAUGUUGAUUCGGACAAUAAUAGCCGCUAUGUAAUAUCAAAAUGUAAAAGAAACACUAAUACAACGCCUCUUGAUAAUGAUGAAAAUCAGGAAACAACUGAUGAUUCCGAAACUGAAGAGCGAUUACUAGCCGUCUACUGCCGGUCUGGGAAACUCGGCGCGGCCAGCUACACCCUUCAAACUGGCGAGCUGAUGGUCCUAGAAGAGAUAGUAGACCGCGCCCCAGACUUCCAGAUGUUCAGAAACCUGUACCGUCAGAUACAACCCGCCAGGAUUCUUCUAGAAGGAAGGUCUCAAGGCCAGUUCGUGGUGAACGUUAAGCAGACAGUGUUUGACAGCGACUCCAGUGGUAGAGGAAAUUGUAAGCUGGUCUUCGUAUCAGCCAGGGAAUAUAGUUACGAAGCCUGCAAACGGCGCAUCUACUCUCUUGCCCUCCCGAAUGAGCCGCCUAACUGCACAGAGUCGGAACGCACGUUAUUCAUCAGAACCACAGUCAAUUUCUCCCAAACACAGAGUGUGCACGCUUUGGGUGCACUCCUACGAUAUUUAGACCUGAACUGGUCCAGUCUUAGUAUGGAGUUGCAUAGUAAACCACAGUUCUUGAGAAUUACGAAGAUGUCUUUGGCUGACAUAGUGACCAUGGAUGAGGACACCUACCGCGGCCUCCAGGUCUUCAGCUCCAUCUCCCACCCUAGCAACUUCAAGCAGGGCGUCCAGGGCAGCAAUAAGGAAGGUCUCAGCUUGUUCCACGUCUUCAGCAAGUGCAGUUCUAAAGUCGGCCAGAGUCGCAUGAGGGUUUUCCUCCAACACCCCACUAGAGAUCUCGGGACCUUAAAACGCAGACAGGACGUGGUGGCAUUCUUCAUGAGACCACAGCACGAACCGCUCAUGAGGAAUAUCUGCUCUUCUUUGAGGUUCAUCAAAAAUGUUAACGGUAUCCUAGCAAAGAUCAAGGCUCUUUCUGCGAAAGCGUAUCAGUGGAAAUCGUUAUACAACACUCUUUACAAUGCGGUUCUGAUUUGCGAAAUGUGUGAAAGUGCAAAGAAAUCCAGCACGUUUUUGGAAGAACUAGCCACCUGUGAUAACAACAAACUAUAUGAAAUGGCCCUGUAUAUGAAUAGAAUAAUAGAUUUCGACUUAUCGAAGUCUGAAGGAAAAUUCACUGUGAAGGCUGGCGUGGAUCCAGAACUCGAUAGAAAAAAACAGACCAUGGCAAGUCUCCACGGCCUGAUGUCGGAAACUGCCAAGAUAGAGUUAGAACGUCUACCAGAGUUCGUACAAGAAUGUACGAUGUUGUACAUGCCUCAUCUAGGGUACUUGGUCGGUGUGAAAUCCUGGGCAGAAAACCUGACUCCGCAGCAGAAGGAACUGCCUAACAUGAAGUUCAUGUUUCAAAAUAAUGACUACAUUCAUUACAAAAGCAAGGGUUGUGAAGAACUAGACGUGAUGAUCGGUGAUGCCUACCCCGAGAUAGUCGCGCACGAAACGCGGAUCAUGAUGCGACUGACUGCGAUCGUUUUGGAACAUCUGCAAACGCUAGCUGCUGUCAUUGACAAGUGUGCGGAGUUGGAUUGCCUCAUAGCAAUAUCUAAGGUGUGCAAAGAGAACAACUUCGUCCGACCCACGUUGACCACAGACAAAGUGAUCAGCAUCAAAAAAGGCAGGCACCCUCUAUACGCGAUGACUUGCGAGAGCUUCGUAGCUAACGACGCAGAGUCCAGCCAGGAGGCGGGGCUAGUGAAGAUCCUGACGGGACCUAACUCCAGCGGGAAGUCUGUUUAUAUGAAGCAGAUCGGUUUGAUAGUGUACCUUGCCCACCUGGGCAGUUUCGUGCCAGCAGAGUCUGCUACCAUCGGCAUCGUCACCCACAUCCUCUCCCGCAUACAGUCCACGGAGUGCAUCGCCGCUCACAUGUCCGCCUUCCUUAUAGAUCUUAGACAGAUGGCCCUAGCCUUGCAAGAAUCCACAUCGCACUCUCUCAUCAUCAUUGAUGAAUUCGGUAAAGGUACCUCCGAAGUGGACGGCUUGUCACUGCUCGCUGCUUGUCUGAACACGUUACUGUUUCAAACAGAACAUUGUCCUCAUGUACUUCUGUCUACCCACUUUCUGAAUCUGAAGGAGUAUAUAGUGGACACGCCUAUUGUUAGAUUCUUGAAAUUCGAGCACAUGAUUCAAGAUGGCGAGCCAGUGUUUCUGUUCCAAGUGACGGAUGGCGCAGCGGACAGCAGUUUCGCGCACCACGUGGCUGAGACCAGUGGCAUUGAGACCCGAGUCGUGAACAGAGCUAGGGAAGUCAUGAAUGCUAUGAUGAAUAACUCGCUGCCUCCGGAGAACAAGAAGAUUAUAGCUAAAUUGAGAACAUUCACUGAAACGAUUAAAAACGAACUUCUGGCAGAAGAUAUUGACUCUUAA